AGUUCAGUCAUGUGAUGUGAUGACUGGUCCGAAUUGCAAAACAGAAGUAAGAAAUGUCAAUAAAUGAGUUUAUGGAGAGACGGAUGUCGACAUAUGUGCCAAGAUGAUGAUCGCGAAUUCUAAAGUAUCUGGAGAUAUUCCGUAAGUUGGGAGGUACCAGAGGACCAUGGUAUCAUGGCGUUAUACCGACGGAUUUUCCCGCACCGUGACAAGAAAGGACGGUGGGGAUUUCGACCUUGUCGUUCGCACAAAAAGGAAUACAAUUUCUCAUCACCAGAAGCGUUAGCAUCAUACAAAAGCUGGCAAACUCCCGAGUUUGACCAAGACCAGAUCAGGCUUAUUGUAUUCAACGAAUGCGACCUGAAGGGACGCAAGCUUCUCUUUGAUUCCAAAGCCAUCAAGAAGAAUGAAAAGAAAGUGGAGUCCUCACCUGCCAAGGGACAACCACGUGUUUUUGGCCGGAAGCUGUACAGCAACGCUGGUGGAAAGAGCCACCGUUUGGAGACCCAGCAAUCGGAGACCACUGGUAGCCCAAACUCAGGGGGCGAGACGAACAGCAAAUACGUAUUUUUACGUCCAAGCCCGGAUAUCAAACUUCUCGGGGAAAUGAUGUACGGGUCAGUGGCCAUGGCAUACCGAGGGUCAACGAUUAAAGUUCACACUAUCAAAUCACCUCCUGAGCUCAUGCUGUCGCAGGUCUUCGUCCUACGUCCCAAAGAAAACUUGGAUCAAGAUAAUAUCAGCCUGGCUCCUGUGGAAUUGAUGGUCCCACAACGCACACAGAGCCCAGCUAGGGAAACCAUUGCCCACAGUCUGCCUGUUGCGGUUCCUCCCUCUUCACCCUAUAGCAGCAUUGAUGAAGACAGUGGGGUUGUCUCUGGAUCCAGCAGUAGUUUCUUGACCCCGUUUCCCUCGCCAGGAAGCAGCGUCUCCAGCAGCCAGUCUAACAGCUUUCAUCGGCGUUGGAUGCGCAAUCAAGUCACCAGUAUGGAGCAUGGAGUGCGGCGGAAGUCAUCACUUGAGACACUGUUGGUGGACGAGCCCAUGAACAGAAGACGACAUCCGAAGAUUGGGCUGGGUGUGGUUAUCUCCCUGCCUGAGGAGGCGGACCAAUAUCGCAGUAGACACUUCCAGACGUUCUUCUUCUCUCACUUCACACUGUUUGAGGGCCACUUUCACCGUCUUACGCUGGCCGUGGAGAAGGCGUUGACCUAUCAGAGGAGGAUGUUUAUUACACCCAUCAUGGACGCCCUUGAUGAGUUUCGUUCAGUCGUCUAUUCCUUGUACUGUGCUCCCCGCAUCCAACGACCCAUUUGGCUCAACAUGAUGACCUAUCAGAUGCAACGAGGUCACCUGUGUGAGCACCUGAUGCAUGAGAUUGUAGCUGAGCUGGAAUCCCACAACAACAAGCUGACAAACUUUUUCUUCAGUCGUCUGUUGACAGCCGUGCUCAUGCACCAUCUGGCCUGGGUGCCCACGGUGGUACCGGCCGAAGCCACGCCAAGCCGAGCCUACUUGGACAAGCACUCCUCAACUCUGUUGGACAUGCUCGCCAAGUCACAUCCGUACAACCCACUUUGGGCUCAGCUCGGGGACAUCUAUGGGGCUAUCGGCUUCCCCGUGAAGGUCGCCAAGACGAUUGUGGUUGGUCGCCGUGCCGACGUGGUCUGCCGCCUCCUGUACAUCCUCAGCUACUUCAUCCGCUGCAGUGAGGUUCAUGAGAUGCCCGAACAGCGGGAGAAGAUCUACAUGGAAUACGAGGAUACUUGGGAGCUGGAACGGAUUGAUCCAAUCAAAGAGAAUGCAGAAGGAGCCCAGGCCAUUCCCAGAACGGAGGGGAUGUUGUUCUCUGAUUCAGCUGAUAGUGGGCUGGAGAGCUCAUGUGAGAGACUGCUCGAGUCUGAGGAGAGAGUGGACCCUGGAGCUGUUCUGAGCACAGAGGGAGGAACUGGAAAGUGCACCAAUAGAGCAGACACUGAUGAAGUUUUGCCAGCAGAUGCACCCACAUUGGUUUGUACAAGCAAACAGCCGUUGCCUGCCAAGGAAGAAGAGAAUGCCAAGACCAAUUUGGAGGAGGAUACACAAAGUGCAGAGCAGUUUAAAAACCCGUCAGAAAGUUUGCCCGAUUGGUGGCAAGGAGGAAGUGCCCUCGGGUCAAAGGUCAGAGGCCAAGGGCUGCUUGGGCAGGAUGCCAUACGAAGUCUUUCUACUGGGAACUUGAACGACACACUGCCUGAUGGUCUAUCCGGAAAUCUCAACAGGUCAGCUUCUGGAGGACUGUAUCCCGAUCUGCAGGCGAUCAUGUCAGCCACUUCCGAAGAGGCCAUCAGAAAUGGAGAUAUCAGUUUUCGCAUUUCACGGCCUCCUCAAGUUGGAGAGAAGAAACCACUGCCGUCAGUCCUACUGAAUGAUACGGAUGUGCUUUUGCCAAAACGGGAGCGUGUCGUUGCCACCGGGAGAGGCGUUUCAACUGAAAGCCAAGAUGCUUCCUCCGAAUAUCUCCCCAUACGUCCCAAGACUUUCAAUGAGGCAUUCUUGGACUCAAAACGAGAGCAUGUAGUGGCCGUCGGCCGGUCAAGUGUGCAGGUUGAGAAGCAAGCUGGACUCAUUUCCGUCCACAAUCGUCCAGAAUUGGCGACGAAGGUAAACCUUGAUGAUCCAUCCCACUUAAAGAGUCGGGCUGGCCAUGAUAGAUCGCCUGCAUUACUAACUCCAAAAUCACCUCCUGAAGACUCUCGCACUCCUCAGGAAUCAGCCAAGACGCCAACCCCGACCACUAUAAACCUGUACCCAACCGUGGAUCUGGGUAACCUGAGUGUGGACACCACGCCCGUGCCUUCCAACGACAACACAGACUCUGAGAGUCUGGAUGGGACGCCCCCGGUACCGCGCCGGAACAAACGUUUUCCACUUACCAGCCCGCUCGCCCAUGCCUAUCAGGAAGCCGUGAUGGCAAAAGAAUCGAAGACUGAAGCCUCUUCCGAAGACACAAAUGCAAAUGACCUCAGUGCAAAAACACCGACCAAUGACGGUGCACCGGACACAAGAUGGUCGCAGACACUUCCACUUGGGCAUCCACUCUCUGGUAAUAGUUCUGAAGCAGAGUGCGCAUGUCCGGCUGUUACACACCAUCCAACGCCCCCACGCAAGCUUGCGAUUAGCCAAGCCCCUUUCAGUGAAGGGCCAGGUAGUAGAGGGCAGCAGAAGACCCCAGUUCUGCACCAAUCAAGCCACGAGAUGUGGUCGCCCAUCCGAAAGUACCAGAGAUGUUUCUCCGCUGGGUCUAGCACUUCGUCAGGUUACAGCGACACGACACCAACAGAUCAUGAAGAACUCCCAAUUGCUUUUUCGGAACCGCUCACUCCGGAAACGGACCCCGGCGAAAGUUACGUGGACAACUUUGGCCGAUCCCUUCUGGGUGGUUACUCCCAGACCUACAUGCCAGACAUGGCCCUGCAUGGGGUGCCUGAGCUGGACCGUAAGCAGGUGCUGUCGGACCUGGUCCUGUCCUCGCAGCAUUCAGUCCUAGAUGAGGACAUCUCCGAAGCCGUCUGCAUCGUGGCCGACACAGACAGCUGGACGGUGGAACUUCUCUCCAGCAAGAGGGGAAGUCCAUCUCAGGACCGGGCCAUCUCCUUGGAGGUUACCGUCGCGGAUUGCAUCGGGGACUUGCUGGAGUCUGUGGAGAACAUGUGCCAUCUGAGAAUGCCCUCAGAUUUUUGCCUUAUGCAUCUGGAGGAUCAGCUGCAAGAAGUGUACUUCAAGAGCACAGCUCUGGCGACCUACCUGGAUCAGAACCCUCGGGCUGGUCCCAAGGAACUGACAGGAAUCCUAGGAUUGGAUUCGUCUGAUCUGCCCCUGCUACUGAGCGUGGUCAGCGUCCACUCACCCAACGUCAUCCGGAGUGCGCUGCGGGAUUUGUAUGAGAUCAGACUGGAUGGCGGCAAGGCCAAGCUGAGUGAUAGCAGUCUGUGAGCGAGGGGCCCGGAACCAGACUCGUGAGCACUGCUGCAGUGGUGCAUCAUGGGAUUGAUAGCAAGGCAUUUGGUUUCAAAAUUGUUUUACCUGACCCUGUACUGAAAGAAAGAUGUCUCCAAUAACUGUAGGUCGAAUGGGCGAAAACUGGAACCUGGACUCUUAAACUACUGCUCCAAUGCAUCGUGGUAUUGACGCCGUGCCAGUUGUUUCAAUAGCUGGUAAUCAGAGUUUGGAACUGAAGUCAGUUUGGUUCCUGUGACAAGGGAAAUGGUUUUCAGGUUAUUUAUAUAUUUUCAAUAAUAAUGAUAAGUCUACCACAUGAAGCACAAACAAGAAUAAAGAACUAAGUCUCCUAAAAUGCAGACAGGAAAUGACCGGGAACUUUUGUUUAUCUUUUAAAGGGAUAUUUUUAUCAGCCUGCCGUAAACUUUGAUUGAAGGAGGAAGUUGAUUAGCAAAACUUUCUUCAGAAACUUGUUUUUUUAAUACCCAGAAAUUAGCCAUUAUAGACCGAUUGUGCCCGCUAAGUCACAUGACCUAUAGUAUAGCAAAGCAAAGUGUGUCACAAGUAUUAUUUAAUAAAAAUAAAGCCGCCAGUCAGUACUAUUUACAAACUGCAGAUUUGUUGGGUAGUAUCAUAAAUUGGCUUUAUUUUUGGGUAAAGAAUACUCAAAAACACACUUUGCUGUGGGAUUUGUUGAUGUUUGAUACCCACCAUAGGUCAUGUGACUUGGCGAGUGCAGUCAGUUUGUUAAUUUGUCUCAAUGACAGCAACACGUUGGAGCUGUUUCGGGAAGCAUUGUCAAACUUGAAAUCUUUGUUGGGAUAAGUGUAAAGUCCUAAUAGGCAUGAGCAGUUUUUCCCAAGAUCAUGGCCAGUUUGAGGAGUUAUCCCCAAAAUGUUCUGGUAUUUAGACACAGUCUGUUUCCAUAGAAAAUGGCACGUUCCCCCCUUAAGAUAGGCAUUUCUCCCAAGGUCAUGUUCAAACCAUUUCUGCUUUUCAGAGACUUUUUUCAACGGAAUUUGGAUGUCGUUUUGUCAUCAAGAAAUGGCAUUAACCACUUUAAGAAGUCGGUUCAUUUCGUUUUCUCCAUGUGGAUUUCUGUACAGCCGUUGUAAAGUUGGAACAAAGCAAAUAUAAAAAAUGGAUCUACAGAAUUUGUGAAAGAAGAAUAGCAACAUUGCACCCUGAAAUAGAAGUGAGACUUUAGACAACUGUUUUAUGGGGGAGGUGUGAUGUAGAUGUAAAGAAAAUGUCAUGCUGCAAUUGAAGAUAAAAAUGCAAAAUUCAAAUGUAUAUUUGUGGAUAAAAGUUAUUUAUGUGUAUGCUUGAGCAGGUCGGCAUUAAUAAUUUCCUCAUUAAUUUGCAGGUUGUUGAUCGUCUUUUAAGAGAGUAAAAGCGAAGAAACGCUUCUCUCAUAAUCAAAAUUUUCCGACUCUCAAGCUGCUCAAAGACAAAUCACUGAACUUUUAUUUGUACUUAGUUCUCUCUUUUUUUGUUUUUAUUGUUUUGAAAUUGUGUAAUUAUUGAUAAAUGUGAACACAGCUGGCUGCCGGUUCAUUUUGUAUGAUCUCAAAAAUUGUUUAUCCUAAUUUUUUUUCCUCAUUUAAUUGGGUCCUUAAACAUUAGAAGGAAAUUGAUGGGUGAAUUGUGUGGAAAGUGUUAAAUGUGCGUGCACUUCAUUUUGAGAAAAUCUGUGCACCGUGUGGGCAAAAAGCACCAUAGUAAGUUCGAACUUUUGACCAUACAAGAUUUUGUUGACGGCUACUAACAUUUUGUGUUAAAAUGGGGUUAGAGAUCGGUCAGAAGAAUGGGCAGAUCAGAAAAUGAUUUCUCAGCAUCUGAACUUUGAAAUGUUCGCCAUCAACAUGUUUCCGCAUAGUAUGAUUGAUAAAUAACUUUGUGCCCCUUAUUUCCUGGAGUAAUUUUGUAGCAACUAAUUUAUAACAUCAAACAUUAUUAUGUAUAUCAGAUUGCCUGUGAUCAUGAUUUGAAAAAAUGAAUAAAAUAUUCAAUAUCAGA